AGGAGACUGACAGGCAGUUGCGUUGUCUGAUCUCUCUCCUCUUCCCUCUUGUCUCCAAUUUUUUUCAUUCCUAAUCCACAAGGAACAUCUUUGAAGGCUACUUUGCAAUUCCUCCAAGUGUUAUGAUCCACAGCUUCGGAGGCUCUCAGAGAAUUGACCUGCCCCUUCACUUAGGCAUGGUCCUUAACAAGUCACAAAGAAUCAAACAUGGAAAAAUUGACUUAACUGCAAGAAAUCAUGCCAAGCACUGUGCUAGAUGCUAGGGACAGAAAUACAAACAUGAGAAUGCCCCUGUUAGCUGUGAGCUUAGUUUCCUGGGGGCAUACAAGACAUACAUAGAUAAUACAAGAUCUAUACAAAAUAAAAACAAUUUGGGGAGGAAGAGUGGAAAGACAGAAUAAUUCAUUACAUUUUGGUUGGAGUGCUUGUAGAGUGUGAGUGUACUCUGCAGUAUCAUUAGUUAUAAAUUGCUGUUUGACUGUGAAAUGGUUUAAAUGUCAAAUAGAAGAGUUGUAUUUGAUUCUAGAGGCCACAGGAAGUCACUGAAGUUUACUGAGCAUGACAGCCACGGGUUAUACCUAUGCUUUAGGAAUGUCAGUUUAGCAAUGAUGUGGAAGAUGGUUUGGAAAAGAGAGAAUGGAUGUUGGGAGAUGAGGUAAUUUUUGUUUUGUCAGCUUAGUAAAUAUCUUUUAUAGUUUUAUAUAUAAUGGAGAAGACCUAAACUUAGGGUAGUUGCAAUGUGAGAUGAAGGUUAUCAAUGAUCUUUUAAUUGCCAAAUCGAAUAUUAUUUUCUCAGUUCUCAUUCUUUUUGAUGCCCUGCAGCCUUUUACAUAGUCAUAAGAGAUUUUGGACACCAUUCUUAUAGUCCUCCUAUCUGAUCACUCCUUUGUAUCUUUCACUUGAUUUUUGUUCUAGUCUAAGCCCACUAACUGUGGGACAUGGCAGAACUGUCUUGAACCUUCUGCACUUAUACAUUAUUUCACUUGAUAUCAUUUCCCAUGGAUUCAAUCAUCUCUAUGCUGAUGAUUCUUAAAUCCACUUAUCCAGCCCUGACUGCUGACCUCUAGUUUCAUGUCUCCAAUUAUUUAAAAGAAAUCUUGAAUUGGAUGUCCAAACUCAACAUGUCCAAAACUAAACUUAUUAUCCUUCCUCCAAAAAGCUUCUCUUCCAAAUUUUCUCUUACUACUGAAGACAUCACUGUCCUCUCAGUCACUUCGGCUCAUAAUUUGAGUGUCUUCAACUCCUCAUUCUCUCUCACUUCGACAUAUCCAGUCUGUUGCCAAAGCCUCUUGCUUUUACCUUGGUAACAUCUUCCUCUUAUUUCUUUCUCAUCUGACACUAUCAUGCACUCUUACUUCAGACCUUCAUCUCCUUACACACAGAAUAUUGCAGUAGCCUACUGAUUGGUCUGCUUCCCAUAAGUCUCUCCCCAUUCUAGCCCAUUCUCCACUCAGCUGAUAAAGUACAAAUAUAAUCCUCCCCUACUCUAUAAAAUCCAGUGGUUUCCUAUUAAUCAAUAAACAUUAAGUGCCUACUAUGUGCUAAGCUUAGGGGAUACAAAAAGAGGCAAAAGACAGUCCUUGUCCUCCAAGAGCUUAUAAUCUUAUAGGGGAGGCAACAUGCAAACGAAUAUGUACAAAACGAACUAUAUACAGGAUAAAAAGGAAAUUAACAGAGGACAAUAGAAUUAAAAGAUUGGGAAAAGCUUUUGGUAAAAGGUGGUAUUUUAGUUGCAACUUAAAGAAAGCGAGAUCAAUAAUUGGGAAAGAUGGAGCAUCUUGUUCACAGAAUAGCUAUGAGACUAGUGUCAUUAGAUUCACAUCUUUAUUCAUGACUCAAAUCUUCACAUUUUAGCCUCUCUCCUUUUUCACUUUCUAAUAUGACACCUUCAACUGUCUGCUGGCUAUCUCCACCUAGAUAAUGUCCCAUAGGAAUCUCUAAAUUCAACAUCUCCAAAAAAAGAAUCAUUUUUUCCAGUAAACCAACUCUUCCUGCUAUUUUUUCAACAAGUAUUAUCUAGAAGCAUUUAGAGCUCAUUUGAGAUUAUAUUAACAGUAACAGUAAUGAGGACAGUGUUCUUGGGAAAAUACCUUGUGUACUAGGAUUUAGUAGGAUAUAGAUGAUGGACCUGCAAAGUAGACUGAGGACUAUUGAGAAGAGGAAUGAUAUAGAGAAAUGUCAGGAAAAUCCAGAGAAGAGAAUUUCUAAAAGUGAAAUGGUUAGUAAUGUAAAAGUUGCUGAAAGGUAAAAGAAAAAGGCAACAUAAAGAUUGAAAAGAGGUUCAUUGAAAACAUUGCUAAUCUUGUCCUGAGCAGUUACAAUGGAGUCAGAACCCUGCCUACAGGGGAUUAAGAUCUAAAUGGGAGAUGAGGAAAUGGAGUCAAAAGACUGAUGACGAUUUCUAGGUUUUGGGUUUUGUUUUUUUUGUUUUUAGACUGGUAAAAGAAGUUUAUUGGCAUUGGGAAGUCAGCCUUUGCUAUGCAUAAAUAGAAAGACUGACUUCCUUGGUGGCAAGGUAAAGUUUCUUAGCUAUUUCUAGUUUAGUUGUGAAAGGAGAUAUUUGGAAUGAUAGAUUGAAGUGAUGGACGGGGUCAAGUAAAAAUUUUUAUGGCUAAAAUUACCAUUUUUAGGUAAUAGGAAAGGAGCCAAUAAAGAUUAGAGGAAGGAGUGAUAGACAUUGGUAAGGAAAAGGACCCCCUCAAUCUUAGAGUGGAGCAAAGAAUGUUGUCAAGAUUAUUAAAUCUGAGUAGAAGCACAGGAUGGAAAGUUUCAUUUUUUUUUUUUUUUUUUUGGUAAGUGAAAUAUGAUUUGAGGUCCUCUGAUUAGAGGAAAGAAGGGUUUAGGGGUUUGCUAGUAUGUUGAGAAAAGGUUUGAAACAGACACUGAGGAAUUCACUAGAAAAUCAGAAAAUACUGGUGCAAUAAUGAUGUGGUGCAAUAGUAGCCUGGUCAAAAUUACUUAAAUACUUGGAUGACCCAGUCCAAACAUGGUUAAGAGUUAGGGGUGGAUUCAUUGGAAUGUAAACUCCUUGAGAGAUUACAUUGGAAAUAGUUCAGCAACAACAGAACAUUGAGGGUAGGUGAUUCAAAGGCUGAGGAUAUUAACAGUGUGGUCAAAUUUUAAAGGGAGGAGUAUGAGGAUGAGCAGGCAAGAAUGGAAGGACUGGAAUUUGAGCUAAGAGAAAUUUCAUUUAUGGAUUGUGGAGGCAAUUAGCAAGUGUUUAUUGUUGUGUAGAACACUGGUUACUUUUCUUCUAUAAGAACAAGUCUCAUUGUCUUAAGGGAAUAAAAUGUGAAAUCACUUUAUAAGGCCAAUCUUUCUCCAUCCUAACAAGAAGUUUAAUGGAUUAGCAAGUAAAUUUAUAUACAUGUAUAAUCCUUUUUUUGAUCCACUACAGAUAGUAAGUUCCUUGAAGGUAGGAAAGCGUCAUCUUUGUAUCUCUGGCACCAAGCAUAAGCCUUGCACAUAGUAAAUAUGUAUUAAGUAAUGAAAAUUGUAUUUGCUGUUAUCUUUUCCUAACUCUAGAUAGAGCUUUUGGAAAAUAUUUUACCCUAUCACCUACCUCUGUCCUUUUUCAUUCUUUGGGUCUUUCCCAUUCUUUAGUUCAGUUCCCAACACUAUAAGGUUAUUUUUUUUUUCCUGUCCCCCUCCCCUGUCUUCUCCUUCUAAUCUCAAUUUCUCCAUCUCUUUUGUAGGCUGUUGUCCCUAGAGGGGGUUUGGGAGAGGUGCCAAACUCCAGCAUGGCAGAAGAAAAGAAAUUGAAGUUAAGCAACACUGUGUUACCCUCAGAGUCAAUGAAAGUUGUGGCAGAAUCCAUGGGCAUUGCUCAGAUGCCUGAAGAGACCUGCCAGCUAUUAACAGAUGAAGUUAGUUAUCGUAUUAAGGAGAUUGCACAGGAUGCCCUGAAAUUUAUGCAUAUGGGGAAGCGACAGAAGCUCACAACAAGUGAUAUAGACUAUGCCCUGAAAUUAAAGAAUGUUGAGCCUCUAUAUGGAUUCCAUGCCCAGGAAUUCAUUCCAUUCCGGUUUGCCUCUGGUGGGGGUCGGGAACUUUAUUUCUAUGAAGAGAAAGAGGUUGAUCUGAGUGACAUCAUUAACACUCCCCUGCCCCGUGUCCCCCUUGAUGUCUGCCUCAAAGCUCAUUGGCUGAGUAUUGAGGGUUUUCAGCCAGCUAUCCCAGAAAACCCACCCCCAGCCCCCAAAGAACAGCAAAAGGCUGAAGCCACAGAGCCCUUGAAGUCUGCAAAGCCAGGACAGGAAGAGGAUGGACCACUGAAAGGCAAAGGUCAAGGUGUUGCAUCAACUGAUGGGAAAGGGAAAGAAAAGAAAGCUCCACCUCUGCUGGAGGGUGCCCCACUGAGACUGAAGCCCCGGAGUAUCCAUGAGUUGUCGGUGGAGCAACAGCUGUAUUAUAAGGAGAUAACAGAAGCCUGUGUAGGGUCAUGUGAGGCCAAGAGAGCGGAAGCUCUCCAAAGCAUUGCUACAGACCCUGGACUUUAUCAGAUGCUGCCAAGGUUCAGCACUUUCAUCUCUGAGGGGGUACGUGUGAAUGUUGUUCAGAAUAACUUGGCCCUACUUAUCUACCUGAUGCGAAUGGUGAAGGCUCUGAUGGAUAAUCCAACUCUGUACCUGGAGAAAUACGUACAUGAGUUGAUUCCUGCUGUAAUGACUUGUAUUGUGAGCAGACAGCUGUGUCUUCGACCAGAUGUGGAUAAUCACUGGGCACUUAGGGAUUUUGCAGCUCGUCUAGUAGCUCAGAUCUGCAAACAUUUCAGCACAACUACCAACAACAUCCAGUCCCGGAUCACAAAGACUUUCACCAAGAGCUGGGUAGAUGAGAAGACUCCCUGGACUACCCGCUAUGGCUCUAUUGCUGGCUUAGCAGAACUUGGACAUGAUGUGAUUAAAACGCUGAUUUUACCACGGCUUCAGCAGGAAGGUGAGCGGAUUCGAAGUGUCCUAGAUGGCCCUGUGCUGAGCAAUAUUGACCGGAUUGGAGCUGACCAUGUGCAGAGCCUCCUUUUGAAACAUUGUGCCCCAGUGCUGGCAAAGCUACGGCCACCACCAGAUAAUCAGGAUGCUUUUCGGACAGACUUUGGUUCCCUGGGACCUCUUCUGUGUUCUCAUGUGGUCAAGGCCCGGGCCCAGGCUGCGCUGCAAGCCCAGCAGGUUAAUAGGACCACAUUGACUAUCACACAGCCCCGGCCUACCCUGACGCUCUCACAGGCCCCCCAGUCAGGUCCUCGAACCACUGGGCUUCUGAAAGUCCCUGGGUCCAUUGCAUUACCUGUUCAGACACUGGUGUCUGCAAGAGCUGCAGCCCCCGCCCAGCCUUCUCCACCUCCAACCAAGUUCAUAGUCAUGUCAUCUUCUUCUGGUGCCUCGUCUUCACAGCAGGUCUUAUCUCUUAGCACAGCAGCUCCUGGCUCUGGAUCUACUACUACCUCUCCUGUCACCACCACAGUCCCCAGUGUCCAGCCUAUUGUGAAGUUAGUCUCUACUGCAUCAACAGCCCCUCCUAGCCAAGCUCCCUCAGGAGCAGGCAGUGUCCAGAAAUACAUUGUUGUAUCUCUUCCACCAUCUGGGGAAGGCAAAGGAGGACAGACUUCCCACGCUUCUCCAGCUCCUCCAUCAUCAUCUUCCCCGUCUCCCCUUGGGAGUGGUUCCCUUUCUGGAGGAAAACAGGACAAUGGGGAUAGCCCCUCUCCAGCUCCUGGUACCCCUAAGGCCAAUGGUUCACAUCCCUCUAGUUCCAGCUCUCCUCAGCCUACCCCUUGAAGGCUUCAGACAAAGACUCCUACAAAAUGAUAUUCUCAUACUCAAAUAUGAAUUUUCAUUCAUUAUUACAUUUUGGUUUGGGAUAAGGAGUGAUUAUCCCCAUAAAACUCACCUUACCCCAUCAGCAAUCUUCGGAUAUAUGUCCCAUUGUACAGAUCCCUCCCCUUAAAUAAAGCAGUUCAGUUUUA